AUGUGCGCUAACACUAUUGCCGUCUCAUAUGCUGAUCUGUUGGGAGAGCAGCUCACUGAUGAACAUCGUCAAAGUUGUUUAAGAGUGUGUGAGGAGACCAUUGAAUACUUCAACUCAAUAUUACUGGAUCCUGGAACAACAAUUCAAGUGAGAAGAAGUGUUCAAGCGCACAUCAACCAACUCAACUGGUUUGCCGAUCAGUUCUCCAGACUCGGUAAUCAAGUUGUUGGUGGAGAUCUCAACCAAGGAGUCAAAUGGAAGGACUUGGAGAAUGCUUUUGCUGGUAACAUCCAGACUGGAUGUGUCAUCAACCAACGUCACAAAGAUCCAGCAUCAUUUCUCCAGGCCUCACGGGACAUCAUCAUCAACAAGGUACAGAGUGUCUUGAGAGAUCUGGCAGGGUUGAAAGUGAAUGUUGAACUCUUUUGCACAUUCCGGAAACAAGAAGAUGUAGAAGAGCGAAAGUCUUUCAUCACCAAAAGCCAUUUUGAGCAUGAGGGCUCCGGAUGGAGUCUACUUGGACCCAACAGCUUGAUGGUGACCAUGUCACGAUUCAUACCAACCCAAGUUGGAAACUCCACCUUCGUCAGAUUACCAAGGGAUAUUAUCAGGAAGAAUGCGGUUACGAACAUCCAAAACAAUGACGAGUUCUGCUUCCUG